UGUAAAACAUACGUGAACGUCUCCUUGACAGGGCAGGUUGACGUUUCUCCCAUAAUGCCUUUUGUGUUUUACUGUCAUUGCUCACAGCCAUAUUGACAAAAAAGGCCUGUCGUCUGCGAGGAGUCGUGCUGCUCUCAAAAUGAACCUGUCCAUGAUCUCAACAGUGACCCUGUGUCUUGCGGCGGCCAUAUGUGUGACGUAUGCACAAUUGGAAUGUGCCAGGUACCCGUUGUGCGCCGACAGUAUGUUCAAUGAACCCACGGUGGUGGAGACCCGAUUCAACAAUUCCUUCCUCGACUCAGUCAAACUCAUCGAACGCUACUCUUACUACCGGUGUGACCCCGCGGAGGAAAAGUACGGUGUGGGGCCUGAUAGUAAGGAGUGGUGGGUGUUCAAAGGCUGCGGAGGGAUAUUUGAGGUGAAAGAGUGCGCGGAGGACGCGAAUGUAGCGUUGCAGCAGAAACCAAAGGAAAUGAUCAAAAACCACCAUCGGGAAAUCGACCGCAAAUGCCGCCAAGGACUUGGACUGGACAAACCAGAGAAAGCGGCAGAGUCGUUUUAAGAAGUCCGUCUACAUUAAUGUUGUGUUUGUCGAGUUUCAAAUAAAUAAUUUAUUACCACAA